CUUGACCAUGUUGGCAUGUACAGUCCUCCUGGUCGCCGUUCUCGGCAGCAGGUUUGCAGAUUCCGCCAUAGAGUAUAAAUGGCGCGCUAUAGACUUUGAUUGGCCAAGCAAUUCACUGAAACAGGCAUCCAUAAAAAACGGAAGCUUCAUCAUAAAAAAUAACCUCAUCUCAGGCAUAAAGAUUUACAAAGACAGCGUGUACUUGACGAUUCCUCGUACUAAAAAGGGCGUUCCAUCUACUGUUAAUGUAGUAGUACAGAAAGAUGGGGAGGCCAUCCUCAAACCCUUCCCCAGCUGGGACAUGCAGAAAGUGGGGGACUGUUCAGCCAUCCAGUUCGCCCAGAGCUUUGAAAUUGACCCUGUAUCUGGAUGGAUGUGGAUUAUUGACACUGGUUUACACAUAAUCGCCGACCCGGGGCAGUUCUUGUGUCCUGCCAAGUUGGUGAUCUACGAUAUAAACGCCAAGAAGGUUAUCCGAGUUCAUACUUUUCCCGAAGCCGUCGCUCCAAAGAUGAGGACGUACCUGAACGAUAUCGUGAUUCAUAAAAUUUCAGGAAAGCCUGCUUAUGCCUACAUCAGCGAUACUGGAACAUCCAAACUUGUUGUCUAUGAUUUCAGAAAGGACAAAUCGUACACAUUUUCAGACAAGAGCAUGGCAGCCGAGCAGGGCUCAGCUACUACAAUCGAUUUUGACCACACCAAAUUUGUGUCACAUACACCGAUAAAUGGCAUUGCCCUCUCCCCCGACCACAGGUAUCUUUACUACUGCCCCUUGUCCACAUUUAAACUUUACCGUGUUCCCACGUCAGUGCUUGCGAAUGAAAAUGCCGACAUCAGCAGAUCUGUCAAAAACCUUGGAAACAAAGUUUCCCAGACCGGAGGCAUGAUAGCUGGAAGUAAAAGUUUGUAUUAUGGAGCGCUGAAUUCGAAUGCUGUGUACAAAUGGGAUUUCACUAAGGACAUAGCAAUGGCGGCGUCUGUUGAUGAUGUUACCCUGAAAACACAGACUCAGGUGGUAAAGGAUGAUAUGCGCAUGAAAUGGGUUGACAGCUUUGCUAUGGACACCAGUGGUCAUCUCUGGUUUACAGUAAAUGACGUGCCUCGGUUCCUGGGAAAUACAAUGGACUUUAGUGCCACGGGCCCAUUCAAUAUGUUCAUUUGGAAGGUUGAUGUUGGUGAAAAGAGUUACAUGUAAAAAAUCGACAUUUGUCCAAUACCAAGAAGCUUUGUUUACCCCCCAAAUAUUCUAUGGCUUCGAUCGGAACAUACGAUUCAUAGGCUUUUACAUAUAUCAAGCUCUGUAGUAUAGUUACGUACUUUCUCCACCCAAUAUUGUUAGGAACCUAUCGCAUGUAUGUGAAUAAAAUACCUUAGCGAUA